CUAAGUUUUGUGCAUUUUAACUCAGCUCUCGUGUGUUUGUGCUAUACAUAUUUUGAAUAAUAUUUUACCAGCCAGCGUUUAGUGGCGAACAAAAGCGUGUUGAAUAACAUUUGGACGGUUAAGUGAUUAAGUUUGGCGGCAUCAGCGUAUUUGCAGCUGAAGAAAAACAAAGGCAUCCCGAUAGCUUAUUUAUGGAGGUUUGCAAUUUGUCAUCGUUAAAUUAAGAACGUGACAAAGAGACUGAGAAUGAAGCGUGAAAUGAACGAUGCAGGGGAGGGACCACAGGACCAGAAGCGCAAUCGCCGCAACGAGGAGACCGUUCGCAUACUGAUUCCGAGCAGUAUCGCUGGAGCUGUGAUUGGCAAAGGAGGACAACACAUUCAGAAGAUGAGGACUCAGUAUAAAGCCACUGUGUCUGUCGACGAUUCCCAAGGCCCCGAACGAACCAUCCAAAUAUCGGCGGAUAUAGAGUCCACAUUGGAGAUUAUCACGGAAAUGCUGAAAUACUUUGAGGAGCGCGACGAGGAUUUCGAUGUGCGCCUACUAAUCCAUCAGAGCUUGGCCGGCUGCGUCAUUGGCAAAGGUGGACAAAAGAUCAAGGAGAUCCGCGACCGCAUCGGCUGCCGGUUUUUGAAGGUAUUCUCAAAUGUGGCACCCCAGAGCACGGACCGUGUGGUGCAGACCGUGGGCAAGCAGAGCCAGGUCAUCGAUGCGGUGCGCGAGGUGAUCACACUCACCCGGGACACUCCCAUCAAGGGAGCGAUACAUAACUAUGAUCCCAUGAAUUUCGACCGCGUAUAUGCGGAUGAGUAUGGUGGCUACGGCACUGGAAGCGGCAGUACCCGACCCAGUCAGCGGGGAAACAAUCGUAACGGCGGAGGUGGAGCUGGAGGUGCUGCCGGCGGAGCAGCAGGAGGCAAUGGUGGUGGAUUCAAUGCUGGCGGAGCACGCGGAAAUGCUGGCGGACGUGGCGGAGCUGAUCGCUUUGGCGGCGCCGCUGGCGGAGCAGUGGCAGGUGCUGGUAUGGGACAGCGCGACAAUCCGUUCAUUAACCCGUGGGCCAAUGGCGGUGGCGGUGAUGUUGAUGGUUUUGGCAACAGCGCUGGUGGUGCUGGCGGAUUUGCCGGAAACAGCUUUGGUGGCGGCGCCGGUGGACCUUUCGGUGGCGGUAGCUUUGGCAACAACGGUUUUGGCGGCGGACCCAGCGACUUUGGCGGAAAUUCCGGCAACUUUGGACAGACUCAGGGCACUAACAGUUUGCCAAGCCUUGGUAGCUUCAGCCAGAACCAGGGCGGUACCAGCAGUCUGCCCAGUUUGGGCAGCUUUGGUCAGAAUCCUGGCGGACCCGGUGGAUUGGGCAAUGGACUGAGUGGUGCUAACAACGGCGGCGUUGGAGCCUUGGGUGGUGCUAAUGGAGCUGGUGGCUUCAAUGCUGGCGGUGGAGCAAACGGUGGGCCAAAUGGCAGCCCAAAUGCGGCGACAAAUGUGCCACAGGGUCAUGAUCCCAACAACAGCACACAGGUCACCAUUCCAAAAGAGCUGGCUGGUGCCAUUAUUGGCAAGGGAGGUGGCCGCAUCCGUCGCAUCCGCAACGAGUCCAGUGCAUACAUCACCAUCGACGAGCCCCUGCCAAACUCGAACGAUCGUAUCAUCACCAUCUCGGGCACGCCCAAGCAAAUACAAAUGGCCCAGUAUCUGCUGCAACAGAGCGUACACGAGAAUGGCAGGCGAAACAUUUAAGUGGGCAACGACUUGAACAGCCAGCUACAACAGCAAUAGCAACACCAUCGGCAACAACAAAUUCAACAACAACUACAAUAACCAUCGAGAAGUGCUGCGUUUCACGUUUAAAUUUAAAUUUACUAAAAGGAAGAACUGGCGAAAGACCAGGACGAGAGAGCAUCCUCCAAAUACGAAAGAAAUUUAUGUAUUUCUUCUCUAACGUUAAGUGAAUAUGCCCCAAAUGAAUAAGAAACUGGAACCGAGUUGCCCCAACCAUCAGCGCCUGCAUCCCCCACCAUUCAUCCUCGUCGUCACCAGUUUGCUAUUUGGGGGGAAAGUCAACCUUAAAACUUUGUAUGAUAAGAAGAAUGAACAAAUAAAGUAAACAAAAACUUGA